UGCUGGGUCUUUGAAGCAUUCGAUACACUAUGAGACCACCUCUGACGAAGCCAGCCGCUCUUAUGCAUACGAUACUUAUAAUACGGCCACCUCUCGCCUAACUACUGGCACAUUUUGUUCUUUGUUUUGUCUUCACAUCUCACCAAGCUUCACCAGCUGCUGAGCACACAUCUCGCGUUAGCCUUCCAGCCGUGUACCUACUCUCACCCUUCGCUAUAAAGGAUUAAAAACAAGUCCAUAUAUACUACACAGUACGCCGCUAUCGCUUAAUCUCAACUCAUCAAACAUGGCUCGGACAGGCUUCAUCCACCACAUCGGCACUUUCUUUCUCUUCGCCGCCACGGUCUUACUUAUCAUUACCGAUAUCUCGGCACCCGUGGUCUCAGACAUCUCUCUCCUCAAGGUUGAGCUGGGCAGAAAUGAACGGUCCGACUUAUUCAGCGAUGAUGACGACCGUUUUCCCUCUAUUACCUUUGGUACCUUCGGUUACUGUCUCAAGGACUUCACAGCUGAGGGCUCCAAAGACUGCACUGACUCGCACAUUGGGUACGACCCCGUGGCCGUGAUAGAGCGAAAUGUAGGAGACACCUCCUUCUCAGACUAUGCCCAUGACACGGCCCGGGCUCUCACGAAAGUUAUGGUCCUCCACCCCAUCGCAACUGGGCUGGCUUUCAUCUCCUUCGUCCUGGCUAUCGGAGCCGGCUUCGUAGGGAGCUUCUUGUCCGCUCUCGGCGCCUUCAUCACCUUCCUCGUGACUGCCGUCGUGCUCAUCACAGACUUUGUGUCCUUCUCCAUCGUUAAAUCGGCCGUCAACGACUCCAACGACAGAGUUGUCGCAUCAUACGGUUCCGCGUCAUGGACAACUCUUGUUGCUGCCAUUCUGUGCCUCUUCGCCUCCGUCAUCUUACUCUUCACCUGCUGCAGCGCGCGUAUCCACCGCCGCCGCGAGGCCCGCUACCACGAGUCCAAGGUCGCUGCUUCAUCCCCCGCUCGUCGCCGUCGCUGGUUCUAAGCUUAGCGUGGCAAACUGAUUCAAAUUACUCAAAAUUGAAGUCGAUUCGAUAUUCACACACUUGAUACAUCCUAUCACCACUUCCCUCGUUCUUUGCGAAAACGAGGCGACGGAAAAUCACACAACCUAAUGACUAAACCCACGAAUGAACGACACGACGAAGAAUUCUCUAAGCCAUAGGAUUUGGCGUAUAAUAACGCUUUUCUGGUUUCUUCAUCUCUACUACUUACUUACUAUUUUGUACAUCACGUAUA